CGCGCGGCACAUGACCGGGAAACAAGGAAGUGUUGUCCGAGAAGUCACAGGGCCGAGUUUGUUUUCCUCCGCAGAGGUCUCGGUAAAUUCAUUUCACGCUUAAAAGGAGAAGCCGAGCUGAAGGAAGAGACGGACAGCUUCAGUAUUUUAUCAUUACUUCAUGAAAAUGGGUUUAAAUGGCGCGUGUUCGCUCAUUCUUUUACACUGUUUACUAACCUGCGUCACUUUGAGCAGCGGGCUGUUUGCAAAAUCAUUCAGGAGACCUAACAUUGUUUUGAUCCUCACCGACGACUUGGACAUCGCUAUCGGGGGUCUGAGUCCACUCACCAAGACGAAAAAACUGAUAGGUGAUGCUGGAAUAUCGUUCACAAACUCAUUUGUGGCCAGUCCGCUGUGCUGCCCGAGUCGCGCCAGCAUCCUGACGGGGAAAUACCCGCACAACCACCACGUCAUCAACAACACGCUGGAGGGGAACUGCAGCAGCAGAGCCUGGCAGAAGAGCGAGGAGGCGCACACCUUCCCCGCCCUGCUGAGGACGUACGGAGGCUACCAGACCUUCUUCGCCGGGAAAUAUCUGAACCAGUAUGGGCACUCGGAGGCUGGGGGGGUGGAGCAUGUUCCUCCAGGCUGGAACUACUGGGUCGGACUGGAGAAGAACUCUAAAUACUACAACUACACUCUGUCAGUGAACGGGAAGCCUGAGGAACACGGAGCAGACUACAGCAAAGACUACCUGACAGACGUCCUGGCCAACAGGUCUCUGGACUUCCUGCAGUAUAAAUCAAACUACCAGCCGUUCUUCAUGAUGGUGUCCAUCCCGGCCCCCCACUCCCCGUGGACGGCAGCCCCUCAGUACCAGAACAGCUUCAACACCACCAAGGCUCCUCGAGACCCCAACUUCAACGUCCACGGGAAGGACAAACACUGGCUGAUCCGACAGGCUAAAACUCCCAUGACCAACUCCUCGGUGCAGUUCCUGGACGAUGCCUUCAGGAAACGAUGGAGGACUCUGCUGUCAGUGGACGACCUGGUGGAGAAGAUCGUGAAAAGUUUGGAGGUCAGAUCUGAACUGGACAAUACGUACAUCUUCUUCACCUCAGACAACGGAUACCACACAGGUCAGUUCUCUCUUCCUCUGGAUAAGAGGCAGCUCUACGAGUUUGACAUCAAAGUUCCUCUCAUGGUCCGAGGACCAAAUAUCAAACCCAACCAGACCAGCCAGAUGCUGGUGGCCAACGUGGACCUCGGCCCGACCAUGCUGGACAUCGCCGGCUACAACGUCAACAAGACGCAGAUGGACGGCAUGUCCUUCCUGCCCGUCAUGGAGGGCAGGGUGAACAGCAGCAGCUGGAGGACAGACAUCCUGGUGGAGUACGAGGGGGAGGGGAGCAACGUCUCUGACCCCGCCUGCCCUCUGCUGGGACCCGGGGUGUCGGAGUGUUUCCCAGACUGUGUGUGUGAGGACUCAUACAACAACACAUACGCGUGUGUGCGCACGGUCGCCGCCUCCUCAAACCUGCAGUACUGUGAAUUUGACGAUAAUGAGGUGUUUGUAGAAGUCUACAACGUGACAGCAGACCCCUACCAGCUGACCAACAUCGCAAAGAGCAUCGACCAGGAGGUUCUGGAGAAGAUGAACCACCGGCUGAUGAUGCUGCAGUCCUGCGCCGGACAGUCCUGUCGGACCCCCGGCGUCUACGACUCCAGGUAUAAAUUUGACCCGAGACAGAUGUUUCCGGGCCACAGCUGGCCGCCCAGCAGCCUCCGACAGAAGAGGAAGUGAGGAGGUGGAGAAGAGGAGAUGGAGGGAGGAAGAGGAGGGCUGAAUAGUUUUUAGUAUCCAGCCUCCUGCUGGUGUUGCCUUGUUUCAGGCCUGAGCGGUCUGUGUGUGUGUGUGGAUGGAUGGAGAAGUGAUCGGGGGGGGAAGAGGCCUCUGUGGGUGCUCCCCCCCCCCCCCCCCCCUCCCUCCCCCUUAAAGGCUCCAGGUUGGGCUACUGUUUGUUGAGUUUGUCUGUAGGUGUGCAGAGACAUUAUUCAGUGUUGAUUUAUACUCACAAGCCAUUACUCCUUGUCGCCUUGUAAGCAUUCUAAACGUUGUAUUUGUUUGAAACCCUACACAAAAGGGACAAAAAGACCCAGUUCUUAUAAAUGUCUCCGUUGAGAAGAUAAUAUCAAAGGUCCAAGCAGCGAUGAGGUCACAAUAUGUUUUUCUUAUUUAAAUAGUGCACAGGAAGUGGUUUGCUGCAUUCGGAUGGUCCUCAAUAAUUUGUCAAAUGUUAAAUAUAAAUCACUGAGUUGCACUGGUAGUAAUAUAUAUAAAAGCAUAAUAAUCAAAAACAGCACUGUGGUCACUUGAUAAUGUCAAUGAGGAUCAACCGACUGCAGCUAAAUAAAUCCUGGUACGAUGAUAAGAGAAACCGUAAAAUCAGAACGGUCACAGGCAUUUGUAGUGCAAUAAUGAACUAUAUAAGACGAUACAAAGUUGAACGCUCACCUGUACAUUUGGCGUAAUUCGUCAACAGUGUUGGCUUGAAUAGAUGUGAGAAGGAGAUGGAAAGAUUAUACUGCGAGGAAUGCAGAGAAAAGCGAGCCGCCUACAGAGAAGUUGACAAACAGGAAGUCCAACAGAAACCCAUCUCACAGAAACGAGUGCCUACAUUUACAAUCCAGCUGUCUCUUCCACUCUGAAGCUAAAGACAAUACGACUGAAUAACGAUCCCACACAGCAUGUGACAAGGAUAAGCUAACACCAAUUUCGAUUUGAGUCAGUCAUUACUUUUUAUGCGAGUGAAGGAGUCUGAAAUCAGUCAGGAGAAAUGUCCAAUAAUUAUUAGUGGUAUCGAUAAAAACCUGCUUCUAAGUUUACAGGAUCAUUUCUGACUUUGAAAGCACUUGCUACACCGUUUUAGUAUCAGACUCGCAUAAAAGUACAUUUCCUAUUUGGAUUGAAUUCAUCCUGUGUUGUAUAUUUCAUAUUUACUUUAUAUAUGUCACAACUGUCACUUUAGAUGGGAAGAAAAUACAUUUCUAUGUUGGGGUGGAACAUUUCGACAACUAUUUCGUUUUGCGUUUAACUGAGCCACAUUUAAAUAAAAAGGGUUAAGGAGAAGAGAUCCAUUUUCUAGAGGAAAAUAAAAAGGUUAAACUUUUCCAAUAAUCAGGGUUCCUGUUUUAGGAGAGUUAUUUUGUUUAUGUUUCUAGGGGGGCAGGGGGCUGGACUUUUGAAGGACAAAUGAAAAAAAUAUAUUUGAUAUUUUUAUCCAUGCCACCUUCUCCCUCACAUUUAAAAAGAAGCUUUGUGUUGGAUAAUUAUGUUUUUUUCCCGCCACACUUUAACUAUUCUGCGGUGUUGAAAUAAAUCUGAUUUCCAGAGGCUAAAUAAACAAGAAAUCAAAGCUACCUACAGAAAGUAUUUUUUGGUGAUACAUUUUAUUUAAAUAAAGCUCAAAUUUGUUCAGUUUCCAGAAUCUAACCGAAGAUCUGAUCAGGACAUUUUGAGGGGAAAUAUGAAAUAUCAGAAAGUCUGGUCAUAACUAAACGACUGACUCUUGUUGUGUGUGUUUAUCUCAAUUGUGAAUUUUUUUCUGACUGGCUGUUAAAAUGUGUUCCACUGCUACUGGAUUUAUUAUUCUUUUUGUUCAUGCAUGCUCCUCUGUAUCUGAUUCACAUCGGGACUGAAUUAAUGUGAGAACCCUGAGCUCCACAUGUGGUCAUAUUUCACUGAUGCACUUUCCAAUCUGUCAGAACUCUCUUUAUGGAACCAUUAGUUUUAUUUCAUUAAAUAUUUUUGUAGAGUUGCUUUUUAUGAUUCUGUAUUUUGGGCUUGAUUGUGUGUUUGUCCAAAUAAAGAGAUUCUCAAAAUAC